AUGAUCAGCGACGACAAUGCCCUUGGUGACUGUAGCUGGGUCGAGCGAUCGCACCUCAGUGAAUACGAGUUGACCGAGAACCUAUCCGACUUUCUGCUAAGCCUGGUGCGACGCUCUGAACGAUGCGACGAACAAGUCCCCCCCUUCUGGAUCGAUGCCAUCUGUAUAGAUCAGACGAACCCUCAAGAGAAGGCCGUCCAGAUCCCGCUCAUGGGCGAGAUCUAUGCGCGGUCUUUGGCGGUUUAUAUCUGGCUCGGAAAGCAUGACCGCGACCUUGAAGGUCUGUUCUGGAUAUAUAACCAGCUGCUGCCAGCGAUCAAAGAGCGCCAGAGGCAGUUCGCGUCGUACCCGGCCUUCUUUGAAUGGCUUGGGUCGUACGGCCCAGGUGACGGACGACUGCUGCAAGAGCUUGGCCUCAGGCUGGAGAAUGCCUCACUGGCGGAUCAUUGGGUCACGUAUCUCAUGUUCUUCGCCACGAGAUCUUGGUUUCUCAGGGCAUGGACCUUGCAAGAGGCCGUUGUCGCCCGCAAUCCCGUCUUUGUGGUUGGCCAAGACUUCAACGUGCUGAAAUGGGCUGACACGUGGGAUCUCCGAAACAUCGUGCAGGCCUGGAGCAACCGUCUAUCAGAGCUCACAAUGAACAACGAGAAGCUUCCUCCGGAAAUGAGAGGCGUCCGUCUGAUCCGAGGCUGGACCGAGUUAUUCCCCCUUCGCAGCAUGUUUUCGAACUGUCUCCGGGAUGAAAGCAGGGAACAGUGGGCUCAGACAUGGUCGAUACUACUCUUCAUUGCCAGGUCAAAGGACUGCACGGUGACCGUGGACAGGGUCUACUCGACAUUUGGCAUGGCGAAGAUGGUCUGUCCACCCGAAGUCAGCGGGUUUCCUGAGGUUGACUUUUCACGGUCCGCCGCCGAGGUCUUUGUAGACGUCGCCCAGUUCCUGCUAUGCAACAGCGGUGGCAUGAGCCUGCUCUCUCUCGUCGAAGAUGGAACAUUUACCAAGACAGCUGGAUUGCCCUCCUGGGCACCUGACUUUUCGAUCAAAGGAGACCAGGGACACUUGCUCUCAUCUGUGGCAAAGUUUAGAGCGUCUGGCGGUAUUCCUACGGAGCCCCUACCACGUUACAAGGGUGAUUGCAUCACAUUUAGAGGAAAGAGAGUUGGGAAAAUCGCAUUCAUCCCGCCUAAUGAUGGUAAGUUUCGCCAUAUUGCGCUGCAAGUCGCUCUCUGCAUCCCCCAUCUCCCAGACAGAUAUCCGGCAGGUACUGAGAGUGCCGCCGAAGCUCUGUGGCGGACUUUGAUAUACGACUUGGGCGAUACACCCGGGCCGGCCGCUGGGGCGGCCGCGGAAGCAGGAGCGCAUCCGCGGCACGGGCAAGGCUUCAAGCAGUGGCUCACAGUGGACUUGACUAUACGACUCAAUGGCUCUAGGCACGGCUUGGAGCCACACGAGAGCCGCGAGUUUGGCGUCAUUCUUUCCUCCGAGUACCAAAAGGCCCAUGGCGAUCUCAUCCCGUCCCUGGAUGAGAUCCAUCGAAUGGCCCACUACAUGAUGAGCCAGCAGCAAGGGGGAAACCUUUUGCGGUUUCAAGGGCCGCUUGGCAGGGCUUACUAUACGCUGAUGGCACCCAUCAUCAUGAACAGACGACUGUUCAUCACUGAUGAAGGGUAUGUUGGGUUGGGAAAACUUUCGUCUCGCGUAGGUGACCAAGUUUGGGUCCUGGCUGGUGGGAAGGUUCCAUAUGUCAUGAGACCGAAGGAGGAUGGCAAGACUUUCUUGCUGGUUGGGGACGCCUAUGUUCAUGGGGUGAUGGAUGGGAGCUGGUCGGCCUCGAGCGAAGCCGUCGAGGAUGUUCAAGUUGUAUGA